AGGAAAUGGGAACAGAAGAGUUUAGUCCAAGACAGGAGCAGCGGAAGUGACGUCAGCGCGGUAGGUGUUCACCGAUGCAAUACGCAUGCCCGAGCCAUCACGGCUCGUCGCUCCUUCUGCAUGUCUCAGAUCCCCCCCUUCCUCCUAUUAUAUAACUAAGUAGCUAUUUUAGUACGGAUUUUUUGUUUGCUUGUCUUCUAGUUUGUUUUAAAAACACACUGUAUAUGUAUAUAUACACGGCACAGAUAUAUAGAUAUAUACACACACACUUAUAUAUGUAUAUAUAAUACACAAACACACUUCUUUUUUUUUAUACUCCUCAAACCCAGGCAUUUUUCUCUCUUUAAUCUCUUCAAUUUUACCCACCUCUUUUCCCCUCUUAUAUAGCAUUAUUAUUGUUUCUCUGAUUUCUUACCUUCUAUCACAUAUUUUUUUACCCCCCCAUUCUCUGUACCACACACACACACAAACAGAUAUAUAUGUAUAUAUAAUAUAUAUAUAUAUUUAUAUAUAUAUAUAUUAUACUAUAUAUAAUAAUAAUAAUACCACUUUCGUCAUUUCGUGCUUCCAAUCUCUUCUUUUUUUGGUCGACAGUGUUUAUUACUACUUGAUUACAUUAUUUAUUUUUUUUCAACCCCCGCCUUCUUGUUUUACUGCCCUUCUUUCUCGGUUGCAAACAUUCAACGUCUAGGCUAUUUUUUCUGGUCACGCUGGAAUGAAAGCACUGGCGGUAGGAUGAACUCUCUGCGAAGGUGGCUCUAUAAGCCGAAGAAGUCUGAUCGGUCCCUUUUGGCUCAAUUCUACUAUGCAGAUGAAGAGCUGAACAUGGUGGCUGCAGAGCUGGACAGCUUUGACGGUCAUAAAGACCCUGAACGCUGCACACUCUUAGUCAACCAGUUACGUGGAUGUCAGGACAAAGUGCUCAACAUUAUCCAAAAAAUAAUGGAUAAAGCCAUUGACGUUGAUAGAGCUAACAGAGAUUUCCGUGUAAAAUUUCCAGAUGAUGUUUUGCAGGAAAGCCUUGCUGGUCAACUAUGGUUUGGAGCAGAGUGUUUAGCUGCAGGAUCGACCAUAAUGAAUCGAGAGGUUGAAAGUGCAAGUAUGCGACCUUUGGCCCGAGCACUAACCAAAAAUCUGGAUAGUUUACGCAGUAUAUUGCGGGAGCAAUGUUUAAAAAAUAUCAAUGUCUACACAGAACGAAUUAAAGAGGCAUUGACGAUAUUUGAUAAAUUGUUUGCUGAGUUUGAAUUGAGCUACGUGAGUGCAAUGGUUCCUGUGAAGACAAUGAAAGAAUAUGAUAUUUUGCAAGAGGUGACUGUAUUGUUUUCAGAAACUGUGCAUAGAUCACUAAAGUUAGGUCUUCUUACUCAGGAAAUGAUAGAUGACUACGACCCUGCACUAAUGUUCACUAUCCCUCGAUUGGCUAUUGUUUGCGGCCUUCUUGUAUACCCUGAGGGUCCACUAAAUCCAGACAUGGAAACUAGCAAUAUGUCGGAGAUGUUCCGUCCUUUUCAGCCCCUCCUUUACAAAAUAAGAGAACUUCUUUACACUCUCAGUCGGGAUGAAUUAUUUACCUUAGAGAAGGCCCUGUGCAGUGCAGAUGAACCAGAGAUAGAUCUGUCUUCCUCGUUGAUUCAUCAGUCUGAUAUAGACAGCCAGUCACAGGUGUCUUGCCAAACAGAAAAAGUUGCAUCUAUGGAUGCCCGGUUUUUAACCAUCUCUCCACUAACUCCUGCCCUCUACCAAGACUCUGCUGCUUGUCAGGAAGAUAUUUUGGUCCAUUCGCCCAGCUCAGGUAGCCCAGUCACUCCAGAUAGUGAGGGUGAGUUUAGUAUUGGACAGAUGAGUCAUUCUCCAUCUGUGGUUACCAUAAUACUCAAAGGGUCACCUGCCAGUGACCACCGAACUGUUGAAAGUGUAGAGAUUUCAUCUCUGAACAAAUGUGCCAGUAAAGACUCUGGUUUUUCUAGUGAGAACAUUGGCUCCAGUGGGAGCUUGAGCAAUCCGGUGUCAUCAUGUGAUGAUGAUGAUCACCACAGUUCUGCCGAUUGUGCCAUGGACACUAGUAGCAAUAGCAGUAGUAAUAGUAGUACCAGUAGUAAUACUAACAACAACAAUAAUAAUAACAACAACAUUCCAAAUGACAGAGUUGGUGCUGCCCAGGCUAGUUGUGGAGCUGAACUUUGUGACACAGCAAGUUUACCAGUAAAUCCAUCUUACCCGUCACCAUCACAGCUUCAACAAGAGUCACAUUCAUUAAGCUAUCAACACCCUUACCCAUCCUCACCAUCAUCUACUCCAUCCCCCAAACAAGUUCGACACAAACAGGAGGCUUGCGAGAGCCCCAACACAUCCACAGAUAUUCUGACCACACAACAUGAUUUAACUGACCGCCUAGUGAGCCAGAACCUGACAUUGCCCUCAUUCAUGCCACCCUCUUCAUCUCUGUCACCCCAGCUCCCUUCCACCAUGGAUAUACCGCCUGCAAUGACCCAAAGUUGGCAGUAUGAUAUUCAGUUUGAAAUUCCUCGUAUAUCAAUACAACCGUCGAGUUCUGUCGAGGACAUAGAUGCUAUACAUGAUGUAGGACUACAGCAGAAGCAGCAGCCACAGCAGGAUGUGCAACAGAAUUCUUCAUCUUCACCUCCAUCACUGUCACAGCAGCCACAACAACAACAACAACAGCAACAGCAGCAACAGAGUAAUCACAAACAACAAGUUCACUCAGCACACAACCCAAGCCAUGAUCAUCUGUUACAAGAGUGUGCUGAAUCAGCUGCAACAAUCCGGCCAUCAAGUCACUACUUAGGGAGCUGCCGUCGCAGCACGGAGGCAACUAGCCACGCUGGAGGAGACCUAAUUAAGAACAAGCGGAAGGUGUGCCACUCGAAUCGCGUCACGGAGCCAGACUGCAAAGGAACAUUGAAGUUCAGUACAGCAAUGAAUGCUUGUGCCCUUGAAAAGUUCCAACACAAGGCUGGCAACCCCUACCGUCGGGGGAGUGUUGGCGGCGGUGGUGGUAGCAGUGUGAGCCAUGGUGCUAUGUUACCAGAUGACUCGGAAGCCUGUCUGGAAAUUCCAAGGAUUCAACGGCUGCGCUAUACUGAGAGCAUCAGUUCAACCUGCUCCAGUUGUCGCAGUGGCUGCAGUGUUGGUAGUGACUGUGAGUGGGACCGAGAAAGUUGUGCCAGUAGUGAAACAAGUUCGUAUAAUUCUGAUUGCCAUGAUGAUGAAGAGAUAGCACUUGCUAUCCAAGCUGCUGAACUAGCUUCACGAAAUGAAGCUCGUUCACGCUUUCAAAACAGUAGUGAUCUCAUUCAUCGACUUUUUGUAUGCAUAUCAGGUGUGGCUGAUCAAUUGCAGACCAAUUUUGCCAGUGAUCUACGCAGUAUACUUAAGGCAGUUUUUGAUAUUAACUGUUCAGAACCUUUAGUAAUGGCUGACAAUGCUAUCGAGAGUGGCUCUCAACUUUACACAGCCAGCUCCAGUCACGCAAUGGGAAGUGUGGGUGUACCUCAUCACAUUGCUGCUUCUGGCUCAACGGGUUCGCCAUCUCCUCCAUUAUUAGCUCGUAGUGCCAGCAGUGAUGAUGAUCAACAUCUUGAACAGUAUGCACGCUCAAGGUCAUUCCAAGAACCACCUCCUUGGGUUCCAGAUGAACAGUGUCCCCACUGUUCUUCCUGCAAAGCCCCCUUCACCUUCGUGAAGAGACGACAUCAUUGUAGAAACUGUGGCAAGGUAUUUUGUUCUCGAUGCUCAGCUAACUCUGUUCCAUUGCCGCAGUAUGGACAUGUGAAGCCAGUGCGUGUCUGCAAUCAUUGUUUUGUAUUUCAAGUGACGCAUUUCACCGUGCAAGAAGAGUGAGCACUUGAUCUCCAAAGUGAUCCAAUUAGCUUAUCAGGAUGAACUUUAUCAGUUGGUUCUCUGUUUUCUCCCAAAAGCAGAUGGUCCUUCCAUUGUUGUCCAACUGGUUCUGAUGUUGAGCGUUAACUUUUAGCUACUCCAUCACGACACGACAGUGUGAAUGGAGGGGAGCUCGGGAUAAAGAUGCUGACUGGAUUAACUCUGAAUUUCCUCGCCCUGGCAUAAAGACAGUGUGCAAUUCAAGUCAGAAUGUACCGACUUUUUUCUUCUUUCCUUAUCCCUUCCCCACACUAAUUGGUAGCACAAGAACGUGUUUGGUGGUGGCGGGGAGGGCCCCUCUUGUUGGGUGUUCCUUGUAAGGUCUACGGCACCUUCAUUGCAAAACUAAUUCCUUGGACACCUCAAGCUGAAAACUUGAUAAAAAGCAUUCUCUCCUUUCCUGAUUUUUUGGUUUUUUUUUAUGUUAUUUCUCAAAAAAUUCAUGUAAGAGCGUAAUUACAUUUUGUUAAUAGAAUUUUGUCUUAUGAAAGAAAUUUGGGAAAAAAAAAGACAAGUAAAAAGAAAAAAAAAUCAUAUAUAAUGAAGCUGCAUCUAUUUUUUUGUAUGUUUAAAAACAUAUAUUAGCAAUAUUUCACCUGACCAGUGGAAAAUAUGGGAUUUAUUUUAUCCCCAAACCAAUACCACAACUGUGAUGUCUCCUAUAACUGUUUGCAGUUCAGAUUUUUGUUUUUGUAUUUUUUAUUUUAAACUCCAACUCAUUAUUUUUUUAUUGUUUACGUUCUGUAAAAGAAAUGAAACAAAAUCUUUUUCUAUUAUAAUUAUUACUGCUCGUUUUACGAAAUUAAUCUUUUUACUUUGCAAAUUUAGUUAAAUGGCUCUUAAGAAAUAAUUGGACAAAUGUGAGAUUUAAGAAGCGGGUACGUUGAUGAUAAGGCACUGGUAAUGGUGGUGGGGUACACAGGUAAUUUCUCCAAUGCUUAGAGAUCUCUUUUCAUCAAAGACACCAAAACUAAAAGAUGGAUUUCCAGUUUGAUCUUACCAAUACUAGAGUUUGUUUAUCUCUUUGCUUUUUUCAAAGCAACAAAAUAAUGCUAUAAACAUGUUUUAGUCUACUAACAAAGAUAUCUAUCUAUAUGUAUAUAUGUACAUACAAUAAUUAUGUGUGUAUAUAUAUGUGCGUGUGUAUAAAGUGGGAGUGUUGAAUAUAACAUAUUUCCCUGUCCCAUAAAGUUUUUCCCCAAAAUUAAACUUAUAAUAAAGGACACAUCUAUCAUUGAGUUAAUUCCUUAUUUGUUUACUCCUUUCUCUCUCUCUCUCUCUCUUGGUGUCUUUUUGUUCUGAGAAGUUAAAAGUAAUUUUAGCAACAACCAUUGUUAUACUAAAUGAGAUAAUUAUGUAUGUGAAGUCAUAUCUGAACCAAGCAUGUUUUGUACUGGACUCUUAAACAUGUGUGGAGUGAUAAUGUGACAUGAGGUAGUGGAUAGAUGGAGUUUGACCAAGAAAGACAUGUGAAUAAGUAGUCUGGUUUAGAUUCGAGAUCAAAUUCCCGCACAGAUGAGAUUGAAGAAUCAUGCAGAGAUAUUUUGUGUGGGUAGCUAUCUCCUGUCAGACAAAAUGAUGGCCAAAACCUUUGAAGCAGGUUAGGAUCUAACUUUUUUUUUUCUUUGCAGUAUUUUUGAUUCUUUCAGCAGGUUUGGAUUUGAAAGAGUCAAAUAUUAUGCAAUGAAGACAUAAGAAUGUUGUCUAAGGUUUAUUACUUCGUUAUUUGAAAAGUUUAAGUUCCAGCAGCAGUAUUGUUGUUGGAUCAGUUGUGAAUUUUGUGAAAAGACGAGACACAACAAACUAUUUCUUCCCAACAAAUCCUGGUAUUUUAGAAACCUUCAGCUACUUUUCAAAUAAAUCUGCAUUCUUUAAAUCUGUUAUUUUGUAAUUUAUAACCCACCGACAUCCAACCCCUCAUCUUACCUGCUCUUGUUUUGCAGUUAAUACUUUUUUUUUUUUAUAUUUUACUCUUUUUUAAUUCUUUUAACUUUGUAAGCAAAGUGAAACAAAAAUAAAAACAGAUUUUGAAAUAAAAGAACACUCAAAGUUUAUUUCCACCCCCACCCCCCUAUAUAUUUCUGUGCUGUUUGCACUUUUUACUUUAUUUUUUAUAGUCAUCUGUUUGUCAUCCUAUUGAAAUUAAUUAAAAAAAAAGUGCAGUCCCAAAAUUUUACAAGUUAUUGCUUGCAUUAAAAAACUGCUUUAAUUUCUCAUAGGAUUCAUUUUUAUCUGUGAAAUCAAGUAUAUUAUUGGUGUUAAAGUCCCAGGACAUUCUUGAUUGAGCAUACUUAUGAUCAAUAGCAUUCCUUUUAUUCAGCCAUAGGGCAUCCAAAACCAUAUUGUUCAGUAUGUCCUUCCUCAUUUAAGAUAGCUGGGUGUGAUGUGACUACUAUCUCCAGCAGGUCGAAUGUGUAGAGACUCCUUUGUUUUUUUCAACUAAAUAUGCAUUUGUGUAAACAAAAUUUUUCAACAGGGAAUUCUGUAGGGUUAAAAGACACUUAUAAAUCAUUUUAUUUUGAUCUAUUAAACAUUCUUCCCCACCAAUAUAUGUAACAGGAGUGUUAUUUUCUUAAAAUCCUUGAGAUCAGCACUAAACUGUCCUGCUAAACGCUCUGUCGCUUCUAUCAAAGAUUGUCUAUCAUGAUGUUGAAGAGUCCAGGAUUCCCUCAUACAGUUUAAUUGAAAGAAUUAUUUUAUUUCUUCUUUCACUUUGCAUGCCAGCCUCUUUGCUUCAUUCACUUUGCAUGUGAU